CCCAUCAAACCAACUAUUUAAGUAAGGGAUAAAGUGGCAGAGCAGCUCGUCGUGCUUUUGUAUGGUGUAAAACCAUACAGGAAGGCACUAAUUAGAAACUCCAGAAUAGUUCUACUCUAUAGAAAGAAAGAAUCAAAUUCAAUCCAAUCCAAUCCAUAGAAAGUGUAAUGGCGACUACUCCGGUGAAGGUGUACGGACCACCCAUAUCAACAGCCGUGUCAAGAGUGUUGGCCUGUCUCCUGGAGAAAGGCGUUGAUUAUCAGCUCAUUUCUGUCAACAUGUCCAAAGGCGAGCACAAGAAGCCUGACUAUCUCAAGAUCCAGCCGUUUGGACAAGUGCCGGCUUUUCAAGACGAGGACAUCUCCCUCUUUGAAUCCAGAGCCAUAUGCCGGUACAUAUGUGACAAGUACGCGGAUCAGGGAAACAAGGGGUUGUAUGGAACGAAUCCAUUGGCAAAAGCCUCCAUAGAUCAGUGGCUGGAAGCAGAAGGGCAAAGCUUCAGCCCUCCAAGCUCAACUCUGGUGUUUCAGCUCGCAUUCGCACCAAGAAUGAAGCUGAAACAAGACCAGGGAGUGAUAAGGCAGAAUGAAGAAAAACUGAACAAGGUGCUGGACGUGUACGAAAAGAGGCUCGGGGAGAGCCGGUUCUUGGCCGGAGAUGAAUUCUCACUGGCCGAUCUGUCCCACUUGCCCAACGGGCACUACUUGGUGAAUGCCACAGACAGGGGAGAGCUGUUUACUUCUAGAAACAAUGUGGGGAGGUGGUGGACUGAGAUUUCGACACGAGACUCGUGGGAGAAGGUGGUCGAGAUGCAGAAGCCUACUGCAAAUUAGAUUUUCAGCCUUGCACAUGCUUGCUGCUUCACUUUUGCUAUGGCAUCGGCUUAACUUAAUUCAAGGCUUGAAUAAAUUAUUUCUGAUGUUUGGAGACUAUUUUGGUGUGGUUUCUUUCUGGUGUUUUGUUUUGUUUUUUUAUUUCCCCGUCUUUAACUAUUGUUGUCUGGUUUAUAAAAUAAUGUAAAGCAGAGUUGUUUGGCA